AUGGAACUGUCCCUGUGGGACACUGCUGGACAGGAAGAAUUCGACCGCCUGCGCGCCCUUUCCUACGAUGAUACUCAGGUCAUAAUGCUUUGCUUCAGCGUGAGAUUCUAUCCUGUUGACAUAUGGAGCCUUGGCAUUUUAAUUUGGAAAUUGGUGGAAGGAAAAUCGCUUUUCCAUGAAGUUCAAAAGUCAGUGCCCUUUCGGGAAUCAAUGUAUCUUGGCCGCAUCAUCUCCAUACUGGGCCCCGCGCCGGUGGAUGUUCUUGGUCGGGGACAAAGGAGUAAUUGGUAUUUUGAUGCGGGAGGUGAAUUCAAGUGGCCGCAUUAUGUGAAAACCGAGGCGCUGGAGGACAUCUUGCUUUACGUGUAUGGGGACGAGAGGAAUGAGUUCCUGGACUUUAUGAGGAGUAUGCUCGUCUGGAGGCCAGAACAUCGAAGCAGCGCCAGAGAACUACUUGACCAUCCGUGGCUCAAACCGGCUUCACGACGUCGAAAGAAGAAUCCAUGA